CAAUGAUGUCAUGCACAUGCGCAUAAGAAUAAAAAUCAUAUUUCCGGUUAUUUAUGAUGACAAGAAAAACAUUGAGACAUUGAUAUAAUUCGACGGAGAAAACGACAUAACAAUGCCAUUAUUUGCUAGUUCAACACCAUUUGAUCCUGAUGUCGAAAAAGCUACCAGCGAGCUUAAUACAACAGAGGACUGGGGUCUUAUUAUGGACAUCAUUGACAAAGUGUCUACAACAACUAAUGGACCCAGGGACUGUUUGAGGUCCAUUGUAAAGAGAAUGAACCAUAAAGUACCAUUUGUAUCAAUGCAAGCUCUCACAUUAUUGGAUGCCUGUGUAAAUAACUGUGGGAAACAAUUCCAUUUAGAGAUAGCAUCUAGAGACUUUAUAUCAGAAGCUAGAACUUUGAUUGGACAAAAGGCACAUCCGAAAGUUGCCCAAAGACUGAAGUACAUGGUGAAGAAAUGGGCAGAGAUGAAAGAAUUCAAAGAUGAUCCAUCUUUAAACUUGGUACCAUCAUUUUAUGAUGGUUUGAAGAAAGAAGGUGCUGAUUUUUCAGACCCUGAUGCUACACCAAAGAAAACUGUGGUACUAAGUGCCGAUCCUAAUGUUGUACAGAGUCGUGAAGAAGAGGAUGACCUAGCUAAAGCUAUCCAGUUAUCUUUACAAGACAAUCAAAGGUCACAGGUUAAAACCCAAAGUCUGUAUCCCACAGGAAUGACUGGUUACCCUUCUACUGAUGUCUAUGCUUCUAGCAGUAAACCAAAGGAACUUAGAAAAGUGAAAGCUCUGUAUGACUUUGAAGCUGCAGAGGACAAUGAGUUAACCUUCAAAGCAGGAGAGCUUAUAAGUGUUGUCGAUGACAGUGACCCUAACUGGUGGAAGGGUUUUAACCACAGAGGAGAGGGAUUGUUUCCUGCAAACUUUGCUACAGCAGAUCUUACUGUGGAACCAGAGGAACCUGAACAUUUGAAGAAAGUGCAUUUUAAUGAAGAGGUACAAGUAAAGACUGUAGAAACUGCUCCUGAAGAUGUUGAAAUUGAUGAGGAAAAGAUAGAUAAAGUUUUACAGUUGAUACAGAAUGCAGAUCCUACAGGAGAAACUCAACCAGAUUCACAAGAAAUGUUACAGCUAGAAGAACAGUGUAAAGCAAUGGGACCUUUAAUAGAUUGUGAAUUAGAGAAAAUAGACAAAAAAUAUGCUGGUUUGUGUGAACUUAAUACCAAGAUAAUGGAGUCCUUGCAGAUGUAUCACAAUCUGAUGAAGGAGACUCCAACACCUUAUAUUAAAAGUGGCAUGUCAACUGGACCUUAUUCUCUACCCAUGCAGAUGCCACCACCUCAAGAUUUUUCUAGUCAAAUGUAUAAUGGUCAACCUCAAUUCAUUCCUCAAAUAAAUGCACAAGUUGGAGGUCAAAUGACGGUGCCAAGUCAAGGUCAAAUGCCACAGAUGACAACCCAAGUUCAAGGCCAAGUGCCACAGAUGCCACAGCCGGCACAAAAUUAUGGUCAGGCACCCAACUCACAGAAUUACUCAAGUAAUGCAACAGACCCACAGCAAAUGUACAGUCAGCCACCUGUUCGACCAGAUGUCCCUAGUGUUCAAUCCCAUAAUCCUCCACAGAAUAACAUCCAAUCACAGCCUGUGUUACAAAACAAUUAUAGUGUUCACCCAGUACAGCAACAGUUUUACCAGCCUCAGCAACAACCAUUGUUAUAACAAAAUAUUUGUAAAAAGAAAAUAAUUGAGUAUUUUUAAAACUUGAGUGGGUGUUUCUAUAAAUAGAAAAAAUGAAGAGUGGAACUUUUUUGAGUGCAAGCAUAUUGCAUUUUGCAAUAAAGUGAAAUGAUAGUUAAUGAACCACAGUUAAUAAAAAUAUAUGAAGUAACUUAAAAAUGUAAAUAAAACUUUAUCAAAAUAGAUUUUAACUGGCAUUUUAAAGCUAUUUUGGGUUGUCUGACUGCAAUUCAGAAGAGAUCAUAUAUGGCAAAAAACUAUUGAAUAAAACUAAAGAGAUAGUAGAUUUUGGGACAAAAUUUUCAACUUAUGACUUAAAAAUUUCUGUAUUUGGUAUAGAUGUGUUUUGAAAAAAAGAAUCUUAGUACGUCAUUUAAUGUUGCUUAAUUUGCACAAAAUCGUUGCAUUUUAUUAUGUGAGAAAUAAGUUCAAUUACAGAAUUGAUAGUAAAUGAUGAAAUUAUAUACAAAAUCAUAAAGGCUAGCUUAUACAUGUUAUACUUAUAUUUUCAGGAUAAUUCAUUUUUUCAAAGGACAUUGCAAUUGUUCAAAUUGAUAAUUUGAAUGUCCAUUUCUUGUGUUCUUUGUAAUUAACCAUUCCUAAAUUGUCUUGAAAACUGAAUUUUGAUUUAUUAAAGGUUGGAAUGACAGUAUUAACAGUAGCUUAGCAUGCAGGAAACCAGUGUUUUUCUGGAUUUUUUUUGUAACUCAAAUCAAAGUUAUACUUCAUGACAUAACCAUAUUGAAAAGUCUUGUAGAACUUUUUACAUAUAGAGUACUGCGAAUAGUAGUGAGAUUUUUUUUUUGUGGAGAUGGAGGAGCAAUUGCUUUUCAUGUGUAAUUGACCUGCAAUGGGCGAGCUUGAAAUAUGAGUGAAAGUUUUGCUUUGUUUUGAACAUGCAUUGAUUAAACUACAUUUAUUAAGCAUUAUUUCUAAAUUCAUUAUAUAUCCUUCAAUAAGCUAGCUUAUAAACUUUUUAUUUUUUCCAAUAAAUUUAACAUAAUUAUUAAAAAGAGAUGUGAGGAAAAUGUCAACUAGACAGCAACCUAACAGCAAAAGUUGACAAUUUUUUAGUCAACAUAUUUAUUUUUUGCAAUGAUUUUAACAUAGUUAUUAAAAAGAGAUGUGAGAAAAAUGUCAAUGAGAUAGCAACCUUACAGCAAAAGUUGACAUUUUUAAAGUUUACAUAUUGGGGAUUAUAUACAUAUUUUUGCGCACAGAUUUUCAUGGAUUGAUUUAAGAUUGAAUUUUCUGAAUUAGUUGGUUUUGUAAUUUUUACAUAUCUUGCAUACAAAUUUGUGUCUGAAAUUUUUACUUAGUUGAACUUACCAAACAAAAUCCACCAAAAAUAAAUAAAUCAGCAUUAUAUUAUGAUAUUCCUGGUAUUUUGCAAAUUCUAUACUAGAGAACACUAUAGUAAAUUUUAGACAAAGACCUAUGAGUCUGAAUGUUUCACCUGUGCAAUUUUAAUUUUAAUAAGAACAAUUGUUAGAAAAGUUUUGUUUUUUAGAGUGAUUCUCUUUGAUGGCAUAUAAUAGAGUGGAACAGAUUUGUGUUCUAAUAUUGAUUUUCAAAUAGCUUAUAAUAACUGAACGAUUUGCAAAUAGGAAUAUGUCUUUGUUUUUUGGAGUUUCUGAUGUUACAAGUAGGACGUGGAAUAUGUCUUUGUUUAUGGAGUUUCUGAUGUUACAAGUAGGACGUCUGACAUUUUGUGUUUUUAGAAUUGUGUUUCAUUUUACACUUGUGAAUUUGUUAAAUGUUUAAUUUUUGAAAGGGUCAUUUUCACAUUUUACUGCAAUUUAUGACAUUCAUCCGUAAUUUCUAAGUAACUUAUCAAAAGUCAAUGGUAGACCAACUCAAGUCACAGUUUAUGAGUUGCCUAAUAAAGAUUCAUUUCAUUUUGAAAAUUGUUAUAAUUAAUUGUCUAUUGAGUAGUAAAACAAAAUUUUUUUUUUUUUAAAGUUAUAACAAAUUUCCUGAUUUUUUUUUACCUUUAUUAUAGUACCCAUGCUAGCAAGAUUUUAAUACUAUGUUCAGUAUUUAACCAGUGGAUGGGCCUUGUUUUACUAUAACAUAAAUUAACCAAUGGAAAUCUAUCUAAUUUAAUUAAAUCUUUGAGAAGAGGAUUAUGGCUUUUGACAUUUUCCCCUAUAUAUCUGGACUAAAUGUUUUUUUUUAACGGAUUUCAUCUUUUGUUCUUUAACCCAUUUGAACGCAAGACAUAAAAAAGAGAAGGAAAUAGCUACAACAGUUGUGUAAAUCCCAUUCUAGGUGAAUAAUUUAUUUUGUCAACUUCCUCCCCCUCUUUCCCCUUCUUGAGUUUGGUGUAUUUUUUGUAUCCUGAAAAUCUAAGAGUUUGGAUUUUACAUUUUAAAUACAGACUGUUUUAAAAGUGAUUGACUUAAUAUUUGGUAUCAAAAUACAUGUUUAAUUUUGAAAUACUUAGAGAAAAAUACAUGUAUGAGUGCAGCAGUACCUACCUAUACAUGUUUGAACGUUGUUAACAAAUAUUUUAGAAAGUCUUAUCAAACUUCAUUUAAGGUAUUUCAGUCAUAAAUACACUUUUCUUUCAGUAUGGGUUUAACAUAAGGAACAUAAUGUGUCAUCUAAAAAAUAAAUUUUCUUUCUCUGUACUCGUGCUAUUAAAUAGUAUUUAAUUGAAUGUUUUUAUUAAUCAUGUUUUAAUGCGUACUCAGCUUUCUACAUUGUUACACUGCUAAGCUGUUUUACAUUUAUUAAUAAGAUAUUGUGGGAUAAAAGAUAUAUAUGAUAAAUGUGCCAUGCACAUGUGAAAUAGAAGAUAUAUAACAUGUUAUUUAUUCAUGUAUAAUUUGUUAUACCAAAAAUAUUGGUAUGUUUUAUGUGAUAUGUUGUAAAAUUUAUUGUAUUGUAAAUAAUCCAGAAUAAACCAUGAUCUUAUA